CAGAUUUCAGCUGUCGCCUCCUAAGUCCUAACUCCUCUCCCCUCCUCACCACUCCUUUCUUUCUUCCACAGCUUCACCCUCUCUCUAAAUUCUCUCUGUAUUUCGUUCACAGUGAUUAUCUGAUCGUUUUCUGCGAUCAUUGAAAACCUUUGAUUGGGAGUUCAGACAAGGAUUCUAUGAUAGACUUGUUCAGUAAAAUAGGUUUCAGUUUCAUUCUUCUGCCCAUUUUAUGAUAUCGAUUCAUCAUUGACUUGAAUGCAACUCAAUGGGUGGAAUUUGUUCGAGGAAGAGAGAUCAACCUGUUUAUGAAGACGGCCUACAAAGAGGGGUCUCUAGGGCUUAUCGUAAAAGCGGAAGUUCGAAAUGGCCUGGAGCCUCAUUUUCUCGUCAUGUGAUGGAUCAGCUGCCAGGAAGGACUUGCCCCUCCCUCAUGGAAUUGUGCAUACAUAAAAUAUGCGAGAAGAUUGACGAGUAUAGUUCGUUUUCAGUGCUUCCAAGGGAUUUAAGUCAACAAGUUUUCAAUGAAUUGGUGAAUUCACAGAGUCUCACUGAAGCGUCACUUGAAGCCUUUCGAGAUUGUGCUCUCCUGGACGUUUAUUUGAGUGAAUAUCCCGGAGUAAAGGACAGUUGGAUGGAUGUUGUUUCUUCGCAAGGUUCCUCUCUACUUUCAAUUGAUAUCUCAGGCUCUGACGUGACUGACACUGGGUUGGUUCUACUCAAAGAUUGUUCAAACCUUCAAGAAUUAACUUAUGAUUAUUGUGAACAGAUUUCAGAAAAUGGGCUGAAACAUAUUAGUGGUCUUACAAACUUGACAUCUUUAAGUUUCAAAAAGAGCAAUGCCAUUACUGUGGAAGGGAUGCGUGCCUUUUCCAACUUAGUUAACUUGGAAAAGUUGGACUUGGAGAGGUGCCCAUGGGUUCAUGGAGGAUUUGUUCAUCUUAAGGGUUUAACAAAGCUCAAUUAUCUUAAUAUAAGAUGUUGUAAAUGCAUUGGAGACUUGGACAUGAGAGCUAUUUCAGGGCUUACUAACCUGAAAGAGCUACAGGUUUCCAACUGUAACGUGACCGAUUCCGGAGUGUCUUACUUGAGAGGUUUGUGCAAGCUCAUUGUUUUAAAUUUGGAGGGAUGCAAUGUAACCAUUGCCAGUUUGGAUUCUAUCUCAGCUAUUGUUUCAUUGGAAUCCUUAAAUCUGAACAGAUGUGGGCUAUCUGAUGAUGGAUGUGAUAAAUUUUCUGGACUUAAAAACUUGAGAGUAUUGAGCUUGGGGUUCAACAACAUAACAGAUGAAUGCUUGGUCCAUCUGAAAGAUUUAACAAAUUUGGAGAGCUUGAACUUGGAUUCCUGUAAAAUUGGUGAUGAAGGGCUUUCUAAUUUGACAGGUCUUCCACUUAAAAGUUUAGUGUUAUCUGAUACUGAAGUUGGAAACAAUGGCCUCCGCCAUCUCUCUGGUUUUGGCCAUAUGGAGAACUUAAACCUUUCAUUCACCUUAAUAACUGAUGGUGGUUUGAAGAGGCUGUCUGGACUGACAUCUAUUAAAUCACUCAAUCUGGAUGCUCGGCAGAUUUCAGACUCUGGUCUUGCAGCUCUCAAAAACCUCACUGGAUUAAGGCAUCUGGAUCUUUUUGCAGCUCGUAUUUCAGAUUCUGGGAUGAAUUAUAUGAGAUAUUUCAAGAAUCUUCAAUCCCUUGAAAUAUGCGGUGGAGGAUUGACUGAUGCUGGAGUGAAGAAUAUUAAAGAUCUUGCCUCCCUGACACUAUUGAAUCUGUCACAAAACUGCAGCCUCACUGACAAAACUUUGGAAGUGAUAUCUGGAUUGACUGCAAUGGUGUCAUUAAAUGUUUCAAACUCUCGAGUGACCAACGAGGGGCUGCAGCAUUUGAAGAAAUUUAAGAAUUUACGCUCGCUCUGUCUGGAAUCUUGCAAAGUGACUGCAGCUGAGAUCAGGAAGCUUCAGUCAACUGCCCUACCAAAUCUAGUAAGCUUUCGACCAGAAUAGUUGGGAGGAGCGAAAACAGGACAUCAUGUAAAUAGCUUGCUAUCGGAAUAUUAGCUGUGUACAGGCAAAUAAAUUAACGACACGUCACUUGCCCUUUCUAAGAGGAAGAAGGUAUUACUGAUCCUGGCUUCUUUUAGGAAUGUUGGGGAAGGGAUUUGAGAUUAUGAUAAAAUUGUCUAAUGCAUGUAAAUAUGGAUUACUGUCUAUUACGGAGUUUUCGAUCGUCAAAAAGAAAUUGUAUUAGGUUUAUUACGUCCAUAAGAACUUGUUCGUCUAGCCUGCUUCGGAGCGCCAAUAAUCAAUAAUAAGGGCUAGCAUUGCAUCUACUUUUCUAAAUUUACUUUAAAUAAAUUCUGCAACA